AUGUCUCUCUUUGCCCUAUCCCAUCUUGCCAGUCUCGAGUCCGAACGAAUAACACGAACGGCAGUGGAAUCAACACAAAGUCCUGUCCAUACUGGCAACCGGCGGUGCAUAUACUGCAAAGAACCCACACUCGCGCACCACUGCAACGAGUGUCAAUCCAACUGGUUUUGCAGCUCCAAGUGUCAGAGGGCAAAAGCCCACAAUAUUGAUGCUGCCAACUACAUGGCCCUUUGCCCCGCGCAGAACAAACGACUGAAUACCCACCGUUACCUCGCCGAGUCCCUCAGAGCCGGUACCUGCGAGCCUCCCACUGAUCCGCAAACACGACAAGACUUCGGGUUCGAUCUUUGCCAAUAUGGCAAUAAACAAGAGGAACGCCUCCUUUGGGCGACAUACAAGGGCAAGUCACUACUCGCCGAGAUGAUCAAGCAGUACUUUGCCGAGGUUCGCCUUUUGACCAAAGAUGUAUACAUCUGGUGGUUUCGCCAUAAUAUCUGGGUCAUCAUACCUGAGGACAGCAGAAUGGGAUAUGCCAUGACAGUCCAUACCGAUCUCGUCCGGGAGUGCGCCAAGAUGUCACGGGUGUCCUGUCAGAUCCUGAAUGGCUGGGACCGAGAUCGAGAAAGUUGGUGGACCGGGCACACCAUUGACUACAUGGCAGCUCGCGUACGAGAAGCCAUACGUUCGGUGGAACAAGAAGAUCAAGCAAUGGACGGGGUCUCGAGCGACACCUUGAGUGAUAACGCAAACGAUAUCAGUCUCAAGAAUGAAAUACCCGUGCAAGAUAUCUAUCAGAAAUACUCAAGUGUACAGUGGCAAGAGAUAUCGGCAGACUUCCCACAGCGAUACAGUUCCCCAUGCGCAGGUUUCGUGCAUGUCUUACAAAGUCAAUAUCAGGCAGCUCUCCAAAGGGAAGACGCCCAUAAAGGCUUUCCGCGCUCAACUCUCUGGUUUGCUACCUACGGGGCCAUGGUGCUGAAUGCUGGCGACAAACGGCUCGCUGCAUAUACUGCCAGACCUUCAAUCUAUCCGUUUGCUGGACAAAGGAUCGAGACGACAAGGCAUCUGCCAUCAUUACAAAAAUUUCGCACCAGAAAAGGUUCGCUCUCCUCUUCGCUCAACUUUGACUUGCUAUUUCAUUACUGGCUAGCCAAUGGACAGCAAACAACCCCAAACACCAACAACACCAUGGCCGAAGUCAACCCCACCAGCCCACCACCGAGAUCCUGUUCAAGGACAUUGUCGUGA